AUGGGUAGUGGGGGAGGGGCGGCGGCGGGUGCGGUGGAACCAGAGAAGAGGCGGAGGACGUUGCCGAGAGGCUACUGCAUCAACGACAACGAGGACCUCCUGGCGGAGAUACUCUGCCGGCUGGACGGGAGGUCGCUGGGCGUGGCGGCAUGCGUCUGCCGGCUGUGGCGCGCUCUCUCCCGCGGGGACGCCCUCUGGGAGCGCCUCUGCGUGCGCCACGCCGGGCGCGGCGUCGGCGCGGAGGCGAAGGCCGUGGUGCUCGCCCUCGGCGGGUACCAGCGGCUCUACCGGGCCUGCGUCGGCCCCGUGCUGGCACGGAAGAUGGCCCGGCGGGGUCGCGCCAGCGCCGCUCCGACUCGCCCGCCGGCGGCCUGGUCCAGGGACGAGGCCCAGCUCUCUCUCUCCCUCUUCUCCAUCGACUGCUACGAGCGGCUCGGCGGGAAGCGCUCCUCCCUCAUGUUCCUUUGCCCAGCUCGCUGA